CAUCACGACGACCAUGCCCCCUCUCACUAUCACCGCUGCCCUCGCCCUGCGCGACGGGGCCUCGAUCCCACAAUUCGGUCUCGGCGUCUACCUAGCCAAAGGCUCCGCCUGUGUCGAGUCAAUCCACAACGCCAUCGCCGCCGGCUACCGUCACGUAGACACGGCCCAGUGGUACGAAAACGAGGCCGAGGUAGGUCAAGCAAUCAACUCCGCCUCUAUUCCCCGCAAGGACAUCUUCGUCACCUCGAAAGUAUGGGACACCAACCAUGGCUACGAGCCUGCGACGCGCAGCAUUGAUGAGAGUCUUCGAAAGGCCAAAUUGGACUACUUUGAUCUCUUCCUUCUUCAUUCGCCCAACCCGGGGAAAGAAAAGAGACUCGAGGCCUAUCGAGCCUUGAUUGCCGCAAAGAAGGCGGGGAAGGUUAAGAGCAUAGGUGUAAGCAACUAUGGGCCGCAUCACAUCGAUGAGCUUGUGCAGCAUUACCCGGAUGACCUGCCUGUGCUCAAUCAGAUUGAGCUCAGCCCCUUUUUCCAGCGUGGGGAGAUUGUGAAGAAGUGCAAGGAGCACAACAUUGCCGUGGAGAGUUACUCGCCAUUGGGAAAGGGACAGUUCGUCGAUUUGCCCGAGAUUCGGGAUGUGGCGAACAAGUACAAGAAGAGUGCGGCGCAGGUUCUGAUUCGUUGGGUGUUGCAGAUGGGCUACAUCGUUAUCCCCAAGUCGUCGAACCCGGCCCGUAUCAAGGAGAAUGCGGACAUCUUUGACUUCGAGCUGAGCAAGGAGGACAUGGAGACUCUCGGCAAGCUGGAGACGGGCAGUGGAAUCACCUGGGAUCCCACCAAGUCUGCUUAGGCUUGACAUGGAGACGAGAUGUAAAUUGAAGCCAGACCCAAAUGAGAACAUCCAUAAGUUCGACGAGAUCGCAUCACCGAACCAUCCUACUUCUUUUCCCCCUUGAUCUUAUCAUUACACUCCCCUGCCAACCCCGACUCCUGACCCGGCUGAUUGAUCCUAUGCUCCCCCUGCGUAGCAUACAAGGCUCCGCCCGUCGCCAACUUCCCAUUAACGUACAAGCCCAUGCACGCG